UUCUUAUUAAUGACUGAAAUCAAAGUGAUCUUCUGUCAGAUAAACACGUGUAAGCCUAUUGUCGGCUACUGUUGUUAUUUAUAAAUGACCUGAAGCUUCUGAAAGGUCACCGCCGGCUCUGAUUUGUGUGGCAGUGAGAACAGUUCACGCUGAUGAACAGUCAAAGAUCACCUGGACCUGCUCUUCAUCUGUUACAGAGAGGUGACGCUACGAGGCUGCUUGAGCUGAAUUUUGCAGUUUGUUGCAGAAUUCUCUGAACCUCAGAACAAACACAAAGCAGCUGAGACGCUUACAGAGCUUUAAUCUGCCAUGACAUCAUCCUUCUGUGUUGAGAGGGAUUAUCUGAGAGGAGGAGCUCACAUCUCAUCUAAAGCAAACACAGCAGAAGGCUUCUUCUCAAAGUCUGAUGUUAAAGGUGAAUGAAGCGAUGGAGAGUUGUGCUGAAGGUGAAGAUGCUCUUCUGCCUCCUGACGCUGACUUCAGCAUGGAUGAUCAGUGUUCUCCUCACAGUGGGAUGGAAGUGACGGAUCGUGUGAUGUACAUUGAGCAGCGUGUUCAGAUGCAGGAGGAUGAGAUUCAGCUGUUGAAGAUGACCAUGGCUGAUGUGCUCAAGAGACUCAACAUCUCUGAAGAACAAACUGCAGCUCUCAUUAAAAGACCUCCUGCUAAAGCACGGCCUGCGUCUCUGAUCUUGACCUCUAGAGCGUCCAGCAGCACCAGCAGCUCACUACUGAAGAAGAGCUCAACACUGCCCGCCUCGCCCUCCUCCAGACACUACAGCCCCUCACCAGCCAACAAGAGAACUCCUGCUGGGAAUGUGAAAGAGAGUCUGAGAGCAUCAGUGAGCAGUGAAGCUCAAACCAGCAAAACACUGCUGGAGACCAAACCAAAGGAAAACACUUCAGCUCUAACAGGCUCUAGGCGUGUGACUCAAUGCAAAGUGACUAUGCAGAUUUAUCUGAUCCCACUGUCAAGAAAGACUGGACGUACUGACCCAAGGACGGGCGUGACCACCCUGCACCCCAACACGUGUCCUCGUGCCAGCGGGUCAGCGGCUGACAGAGCUCGAGAUGAGAAGAACACUGCGUUUACUGUUCUCCUCAGAAACAAGCCCUGUGAAAGCCCCCUGUCCCCCCUGAAGAUCCCCAGAUACAAAAACCCCAUCAAAACACCCAACCAAUACUUCCAGAUCUGUUAUUAAACACUCACUCAUGACUCAUUUCAUGCUUCAUUGAAUAAAAAGAAGUUUUGAGCACGCUAUGGUGUAUUCUUCAUUCUUCUGCUACACAACUGUGUUUUAUAACAGAUGUGACAUGUCAGGGUGAAUUAGCAUGAAAUAAAAACAUGAAACACUGAAGCAGAACAAUUGAACAUUUAAAGUUUGUGAAAGAUUUCAAUAAACUCUCUUAAGAUGUGUAGAAGAGAAAAACACGAUCCUCGUCGUCUGUUGUAAAUACAGAAAAAAAAACAUCAGUGUCAGUUCCACACAUCACUCAAACAAGUGUUUGCCACAUCAUGUCACAA